CAAUUUUGGGAGUGUGGCUGAUAAGUUGACCUUGUGUGGGGACAGUUCAGUCUAAUCAGUUCAAGUAAUCAGGAAGCUGAGUGACAUGUUGCUCUCCUUUCCAUCUUGUUACCAGGACCCUGAAUGCAGCACGCUCCCUUUACCCUCCCUGUUCCGACCCCUUUCUCCCCUCCCUCCUCCCCCCUCCCUGCCCUCAGGCAUUAUUCUCUUGCCUCUUCAGCCCCCCCUCCCCUCCCCCUCCUCCUGGUUCCCUCCCUUUCCUGCUGGCCUCUCAGCAGAGGAUGUGUUUGGGUGAGAGAUCGGUGUGUGAGGCAGAGAGGGAAAGCUGCCAGUAGAAUGGAUAUGUGCCCUCUCUCCUCCACCCUCUCUUCUCCCCCCUUUCUUCUACCUUGUCUCAUCUCCAUUUCUUCACCCCUUCUCUGCCAGUGUUGCAACCUGGACACCCUCAGGGAACAGGAAACUUGACCAGUGCUUGGGCAGCUGAACAGUGAAUUUCAAUGUCAGCAGGAGAUCAGAAGAAUGGUGGUGACAAACCAGGAGACACAGUGCCGGUGGCUGAGGUAUGGGCAGAGGUGGAGAGGGCCGAGUGCUUAGCCCGUGGCGCUGCCUUGAAGUGGGCCUCAGGUGUUUUCUGUCGGCCUGAACAUCUGGAGCGACUGAGCCAGUAUAAGAAGAGAGAGAGUCAGAGGACUGCUUCCAUACACACCAGGCUCAAGUCCAUGGUCCAGUCGUACCUGGAGGGGGUAGGCUGGGGUUUGGAGCAGCUCCAGGAGGCCGGGGCGGAGCUGAGGGAGGUGUCACAUACUUUGAAGAAAGCAGGACUGGAAUCCAAUCAAAACGCCAAUGGGGUGAAGCCUCUGGAGAGGCUUAGAGAAGUGUCAGUCAACCACAGUCAGCUCCUCGCUGCUGUCAGCAACUUGCCACGUCUGUACUCAGUGCAUAGUCUGGUGUUAGAGACUGAGCGUCUGGUGGAGUCCCGGCGCCUCCUGGAGGCCCACGCCCGGUUGAUGGAUCUGGAGCACUGGCAGGACGACAUCCUCUGGCAGCUCCACGGAGCUGCUGGGAUGGCAGGAAGUGCAAUCAGCAAUGAAGACAAAGAGCUUGUGGCCAAAUAUUUCUGUGGUGUUGGGCGGCUUGUAGAUGCCUUGGGUAAGGAGCUCUGGGCAGUGGUGAGCAGUGCUCUGGCUCUGGCCCGACAAAACCCAACACCAUUUGUAUCGGCAGUGAGGAUAGUGGAGCGGGAGGAAGCCCUGGACCAAGCUCUGCUGGAGGACAGAGGGGGCACCAGGAGCAACAGCAGACCCCUGCCCCCUGGACGACCUCGCUGCUGGAGAGCAUGCCUCUUCCAGGUACUAGAGGAGGCGGUAUCUGCGCGGUUCCGUAGCGUGUCCUACCUGCACACGCGUGGCCCAGGUCUGGCAGGACACCUCGCUGCUCUCCAGCACGCUACCAUGGCUGACCUUGCCACUGUACGCCACCUGCUGGAGCACUGUGUGCCACCCCACUACCGUCUCACAGGAGCAUACCUGAGGGCCAGCCAUCGCUGUUUACAUGCUCACCUGGCCCAGGUUAGCAGCUGGGACCUGGAGAGUGGUGAAAUCUUUGCCGUGCUUAACUGGGUGCUACACAUCUAUAACAGCCCAGACAUGAUGGGUCAUCCAGAGCUGGUGACUGAGAUGGAGAAAGAAGAGCUGGGACCUCUCAUCUCCAUCGAGGGCCUGGAGCGGCUGCAGGGCAAAUAUGUGCACAGUGUUCGGAAGAGUGUGUCAGAGUGGAUGCACAAAGCUCUACAGGUGGAGCUGCAAGACUGGCAGAGAGACCAGGAGCCAGAUACAGACCAUGAAGGUUUCUACCAAACCAGCCUGCCUACCAUCAUCACACAGAUGCUGGAGGAGAACGCCCGGGUGGCUCUCAUGAUCGGAGAAUCCCUUCGAGAUCAGACAAUACAGAUGGGACUGUAUGAGAUGGAGAAUCUUUUGAACAGGUUUCGGGAAGCUCUGGUGGAAUUCGGGAAAGAACAUCGAAGGGCUCAGAGCAACGACAAAAACAAGUUCUACCUCCACUACUUGCUGGCUUCUAUCAGCAACUGCAUCAUUCUCAAAAGGUCCACAGAGAGCCUGCAGCAGCAGCAGUCAUCACGCUCAGCGGGUCAGUUUUCUCGGACCCCUCCCAACCCGCUGGCAGCUCUGGACCGGUCGGUGAGACGAGCAUGUCGCCUGGUGAUUGAUCAGCUCCUUUUGGACCUCCAGCCUCUCCUUCCAGGCUUGCUGACCCGACCCUGGCUGGUCCAGGGAGACCCCACCCCCAAACUCUGCCAUGUCCUGGAACAUCACCUGGAGCUGUACGGCCGCGUUCGGCCGCCCUGCCGACAGCGUCUGCAGGAGGAGGCCCAGUGGCUGAUGGUGGUGGAGUACGUCAGGGCUCUGAUGCAGAAGAGGCUGGUGUGUCGCAACUCAGACGAGCGGAGGCAACUUGCUCAGCAGAUGGUUCAGGAUGACCAGCUGUUCAGAGAAAUCCUCCACAGCCUGGAGGGCGAUGGGUCAGCACCUGAUGUGAACCCUUUAGCCUUACUACCCGUCCUUGCUGACUUCAUCCGACUCAAAGACACCGCCAUGCUCACUCUGGAAGUGUCAGGACUCGCAGCCAAAUAUCCUGACAUCAGUGAAGAACAUGUGUCUGUACUGCUGGACAUCCGCGGGGAUGUGUCCAGGGACAUCAGAUGGGCUGUAUUGGACUUGCUGGAGCAGAGCGCCCCCCCUUUGCCGGCAGGAUAUCGGCCCAUCUUCACUGACAUCCUGGUGCCUCCCACGACCAUGGCCUUCUGUCUGCCCACUGCCAAGUGUGCAUGACUACAAUUGAAACUUUGGCCCGUACUCCAUAUUUCUCAUUCUAAUCAGGGUGGACCUGAUUCUCUGAUGGAUCAUCAAAAACCAGGUCCCCUUAGUUAGUUGAUAUACUAAAAAUGCAGAGGAGAAAAAUGCUGAUGAAUCUGUUCCUGCUAUAACUCAUGCUAUGUUGAUGGAUGGACAACUUGUAUUCAACCUAUAUUCUCAUUAUAGGUUGAAUACAACCUAUAAUGAGAAAAGGUUGUAUUCCCCCCCCCACAGCGUUUGAUAGGGAUUCAUAUUCUUCGAGCUGGUCUUUGCUGGUCUCAUCAGUACAUAUAUGUGAUGCAUCAUUUUAUCUCAUUUUUAGCCUCAGGGUCAUGCUAUAUGUAUUCAGAUAGAGGGGCGUAAACAAUUUAAUCAGAAUGAAACAUUGUGCUAAUUUCUGGUAUCAUUUCACAGCAUCAUGUACAUAUGGAGAGGAAUGAAGCUCUUAAAGCGCACGGAUGCUUUUUGGGGAAGAAAUUACGUUACAACAUACAGUAUUUAGUGAGGACUCUGGAUCUGUCAACCAUCCUACCUGAGGAACAUAUGCUGCUGAUUCAUUGCCUAUAAUUAUCAAUGUAAAAUAUAUAAAUAUGUUUUCUUUAAUCUCUUUCUUUCUGUACUUUUAUUUUCUCCAAAUUUACCAUGUACCAUGUUGUUUUUAUUGGAUUUUUGAAAUCAUAUUUUUUUUAAGUAUUUAUUGUAUUUAUGUGAAGUGUUUCCAUAGUGGUAUUUCGAAGGAUAUUUAGCUUUUGUGGUUUAAUGUCACAUUGUAAAUUAUUUUUAACAAAUGUCUAAAUAAAUGUUGAAGUAAAGUCAA